UCUAAACAAAGAAGAAACAUUUAAAAUAAAAACAGGUUAAGAGAUUAUCAUAAAAAAGGGCAAUCAACAUGACAAGUUUAAUUGCAUUUCUUUUCACUGUCCUUGUCAUCGUAUCUUCUGUUCAUUGUCGUAUGACAACUGCUAGUACUCCAGGUUAUGGGAUAAAGCAGGAGGAUCGUCUAUGCAUCCAAGGACAAGAAGGAACAAAGUUAUGUAGUUCUGGAACAAGUCGCGACUGCCUUAACUUUUGUUUAAUUCGUGGUUAUGCUGGUGGCUCGUGUUAUGCUUAUACUCUUGAUCAAUGUUGUUGUCGUAUUCCUCCUCCAAAACUAAAAUAAUGUAUUGGUUACAUCAUAUCCAGAACGAAAUAUAUAAAUCAAUUUGGG